GCCACACACCAAAGCUGUGUGGUGAUAUUGAAAAUGAAAAGAAUAGCUAUGUGAAUGGCAUUGUUUGGCAUUGUUGAGCAAUGGCGCUUCUACGUGUUGCGUGCUUAACUUCUGCAAAUCAGUUAUCGGCUCAAACCUAUUCUCAUUCCAUCGCUCUCUCUUCCCUUUCCCAAUCCAUCAACUUCCCCAAACGCUCUUCCUUUCACCUUCCACCCUUAUCCCUUACCACACCCAAACAAACCCCUAUUUUCACUCUCACAUGCGUUUCCACUUCCCAACAACAACCCCCGCCAGUAACCGAAGAAGAAUUUUCUCGCACAAGGUUGCUCGCUCAGAACGUCCCAUGGACAAGCACCCCAGAGGAUAUUCGUUCUUUGUUUGAAAAACAUGGGAAAGUCCUCGAAGUCGAGCUUUCUAUGUAUAAGAAAAACAGAAACCGGGGUUUGGCCUUUGUCGAAAUGGGUUCUCCAGAAGAGGCUCUUGAAGCUCUCAAUAAACUCGAAUCGUAUGAGUUUGAGGGCCGUGUAAUGAAAGUCAAUUAUGCUCGGCCGAAAAAGGAGAAAUCCCCGCCUCCGGUGAAACCAAAAUCUGGCGUCACGUUUAACUUGUUUGUUGGUAACUUGUCCUAUGAAGCCAAGUCCAAGGAUCUUAAGGAGUUUUUUGAUUCCGGAACUAGUAAAGUUGUUAGAGCUGAGGUUGUAUUUCUUGACAAUCCUAGAAAGCCGUCAGGUUAUGGAUUUGUGUCAUUCAAGUCCAAGAAAGAAGCUGAGGCUGCUCUUGCUGAGUUCCAAGGAAAGGAUUUUAUGGGAAGGGCAAUCAGGGUGGAUCGGGGUCGUCGAUUUGUUCAGAAACCAGGGGAUGGGAAUUCAAAGUCUGUCGUAGAUGCUCCUUCUGAGUUGAGUGUGAAUAGGGCAGAAGCUCAAGAGCCAGCAGAGGAGACUCCAAACUCUGAAGAUACUCCUGAGUUGAGUGUGAAUGGGGCAGAAGCUGACAAAGCUGAUUGAUAUCAAAAUUUCCCUGAUGCAUACUAAUGUUGUUGAUGUUGUAUGUCCUUGCUUCAUAGAUUUUGAUAUCGUUGCUGCUGACAAUCCAAAGUCUGAGUGGUUUACAUUAACCUCUUUUAUAGGUUUGAAGUUUUGUAAACCAGAGGCACGAGAUGCAAGGAAUGAAUAGUAGCAAGUGCAAUCAUUUCUGUGAUUCAUGAAUGAAUAAUUACUGGAAAUGAAUGAUAGCAUCUCCAUGGAGUCAACAAAUCCUUAUUGUGUAAUUUAACAAUUGUUGGCAUGCUAAUAUAUCUUAAGAAAGCAAGUAACAUAUGUAUAUUAGUGAUGUUGUUUGCAUCUUCACUGGUUUUUAGUUGCUUCACAAUGAUGUGGAUGUGAUCCAAUGUAUUCUUUCUUUAUCUUCAAUAUGUUCAAUAGCAUAAGAAUAUUGGUU